GACUGCCAAAAUGUAAUGUAAUGACCUUUACAGCAAAUUUUGGUCGGGUUUUGUAUAAUUGUCACAAUAUCACUCUGGUUGAUACGCACUCCAAUUCAACAAAAUUAAUUAAGGUAGACUCAUUUUCUAACAAAACUGCCUCAAUUCCAAAUAAUAUCUCACUGGCCCUUUGCAUACAAAUUUUUAACAAAUUCAAUGAAUUUCCACCAUGAAUAAUUAUUACAACAGCAACGCUUCACCAAUCUCGCAUCAGCAGCCAAUAAAGUUUGGUUCUCCCAAUUUUACUCCAUUCUCUCCAAUCUCUCCAGUGGGAACGAUACAACAGCCCCCAAAUCACCACCCACAAGCGUUAACAGCAGUUUUUAGUGGACAAAUGCACGAAGUUGUCUUGGAGCAUUUGAAGGUUAACGACGAAGUGGUGUGGCAUCCACAAGGACAAAUCUUGUCGAUUAACAAAUUGGAUAUUGGUCGCAUUGAAAGAACUCUUUACCAUGUGGAUCACUCAAACCAGGGAGCAUUGUUGGCCGAUGUCGACUUUCACGAUUGGGUCGAAGGCUCACAAGAAGUUCGAAGCCCUCAUGGUCACCGUGCUUUCAGACGCAGAGUUUAUGCCAAGGACUUGAAAAAACUUGGAGAGUUUCUGGAAUCUGUAAACUCUCACGGAAUUGGUUUUGUAAAUGCUGAGCAAACAGGACCUCAAAAUAGAAAAAAGUCCAGCCACGAAUUUGGGGCGUUACCUCAAAAUAAUGUUGGUGUAAAGGCGUACGUAGUUCGGCCUUGCAUGGUGCAAAACAAGCGUGCCUCAAGCCAUCCAUUAAUAUCAGAGUCCGACCUUAUUUAUUUGUUUCUCAACAACACCGUGGUCAAGGGUUCUGUGAAGCGCAUGUUCAUAGGCGACGAAAAUUACUUUAUUGGAGCAGAAUUUGAAAGACCCGUUUACACCGGCCAGUUGCAUCAUGGUGCAUCCUGCGCGUACUCAAAAAAUGGCUGCGAGUUCAGAAUUUGCAUCCUUGUUAGCAAUCUUACAAAACAAAUUUGGGAGCAGGAAUUCAGAUUGAUUGGAAAAGGCACAAUGCAACUUACAUUUGAAGAUUUAUUUUACCGAGAGGAACCUCCUCCACCAUAUUCGGUUGCUACUUCGAUGCCAAUUAGUCACCAUCAGCCAACAAAUAAUAUUUCUUUAUUGCCCACUCCUGCUUCAGCCCCUCCACUAACACCUUCCCCACCGGUAUCGAGAAGCACAGAAGAGUGGACGAAAUUCGAAUCUGAUUGGUCAAACUCUCAUCAGACCCAAGAUUAUUCUUCCAAACAACAACAGGAUGUGGGUUCCUCUUCACUCUCCAAGAAUUAUUCUGCUUCCAUGAUGAACUUGGACUCGUGUGGAGUUCAAGAAGAAAAUAAACCCAGUUUAUCACAUCAAAGGCCAAACGUAAUGCCAAAAUACAUAAAAACGCAAUCACUUUUGGUGGACGAGUUACACAGAAAGUUAAACAUUCGAUCCAAAACUGAAGUCCCUCCAGUUCAACCGAUAUGUGAUCCUCCGCAGACGCCAGGUAAAGAUAUCAGGCCACAACCUCCAGACGACGUGCGCCAGGACAAUGCACGCAUCCCACUAACUUCGAAGCCAACUUCAUUUAUUGAAGAACUGCAACGACGUCAAGCUACAAAAAAUCGGCCAGCUUCAAUGGGACCACAAGCAACAUUGCCUCGAGAAGAACUGCCUCAAAAAAAUAGAUUAAGCUUACCACCACCCAGGAAACCAGCAUCGAAUAGUGUAAUUCAUGACAAAAUAGAUAACGACGGUCCAGAUUCAGUUGGUCCUGCCAGCUCAUUGUCAAUGUCACGAUCUGCUGGGGCAUCAUUUGGAACUGGUAUGACGAGAAGUACGAGUUGUUUCAAUAUCAGUGAAACUAAACCCCCGCUUAAACCUAGACCAACGUUAGCUCCAAAACCCGUGAAAGCUCUCGAUUCUGGAAAUAAUAAAUUCUCAAAAAUCGAAAUUAUCUCGCAAGCCGAACCACCCAAACUUCCGCCUAUACCACAAAGGCCAAAGUCACAUCUGGACCAAGCGUCCCCUAUCAUUCCUCAAGAACUAAAGUCUUCAUCUCCGCUGGCUAUAAAUUCAACAGCAAAUCCAUUCGAAGCUAAACGGCCUAUUGCUCAACAGCCCCCACAUUCACAAGUCCAGCGCCCCACCUCUUUUACUCAAAUUCCUGAGGAGUACCCAAUGCACCUUCAUUCACAAAAUGUCACAACAACAGCAGAGACAAAGUGUCAAGACGUAUUGCCACCAAUCAAAUCUAAACUGUACCCUGACUUGAAUUCGGAAUCUGUACCGCGUCCAAUGUCGGUUGAACUAAAACCAAAAAUUACACAACCACCAAUUAUUGAUAAUGCACCCAGUUAUUAUUCCAAUAAUGCUGGACAAAUCCCAUAUUUGGACUCGCAUUCUCCAGCAGCAGCACCCUUGUUUUCUCCGAUAUUGGAACACACGCCACCAAAAGUUCUUCCUCAAUCAGAAAUCUACCAGGAACCAAAAAGCCUAAAAAUUUCAAGGGAAAAUCUACCCCCACCACCACCACCGCCACCACCUCCUCCUCCUCCAACUGUCCCUCAACUAUCUGCAGACAAGGAUGACCUGAAUUCAUUCCCUCCUCCACCUACCGAAUGGCUGGAUGUCAAUGGUCACAACGAUUUUAAGAAUUCGGCGGAUGACUUUACAGACAUCAGUACACAAAAGCCAAGCGAGAAACAUUCGAGUCCUUCGCAACCCGAUCGAGGGUGUCUUUUGCAACAAAUUCGCAAAGGAACUAAACUGCGCCCAGUCGGAGAUAACUCUGACCUCCCACAAAUCCAGAGUGAAACACAAAUAUCAAAAUCUGAAGGUUUUGAGAACAUUAUCAAGGGAGCAAUUGCAACAAGACGAGUAAUGUUGGACGACGACGACGAUGACGAAGAUUCCAAUGGUUCAGACUAUGACGAAGACAGUGACGCGUGGGAUUAAGUAAAUAAUGAUGAAUUAUUUAAAAUUUGCAUAGGACUGCAAUAAAGCAUUUAACAAUGCAUAAA